UGUACCCCAAUUAUAAGACAUUUAACUUCACAAAUUCUAUAUAUCUAAAUACGCUGAUUUGAAUUGUUGGGUUUUGCAGAAACGAGCUCCUGAUUCAGGUAUUAAGAUUUCAACGGCUAACAAAUAAAAUCCAUAUGUGAUCAUUUAAGAGUAAAGUAUUAUUUCGUCUGUUCUGAAUUCUUUUUAAUGUUGUCGUAUGUACCUUCAGUAAGUUCGUUAUAAACAUGAUAAAGACAAGAACGGAAAGAAUGAAGAAAAUUGUUUGACACAACAUCAUUGCAUUAGUUUGUUCAGGAUUUUCGUCAGCAAUUCUCGAAAUGACGGACCAAGAAGAUGAAAUUAGACGUAUUCCAAAGCGAUCUUUUAUUUUUGAGAAGAAAUCAAAUUUCAGGGAAGUUUUGUAUAUUGAAAUUCAUGACAGUGUCAGACGGAAAGAACUCUUGCAACGCAAUCUGCCUGAAAAAUGGAAAAUAAAUUCACCUGAGGCAAUAAUAUCAAUAACAGGAGUAGAUCAUCAGUUCAACAUAAGAGACAAGUGUAAUUUGAAGAGAGAUUUGAUUGAAGCAGUCAUAAAUACUGGAUCUUGGAUUGUUACAUGUGGAACAGAGUCUAAGGUUGUGCAGUUCAUCGAGGACGCUGUAAAUGAGCACAUAACUCUACAAGACUGUCACAUUCCAAUUGUUGGAAUAUUGUCACAGAGUGUACACGAAGAAAUAAUACCAGAAUACACAAAAAGUGUUGAGCUAAUGAAAGGAAAUGAAACCAAAUGGGUUCAAAUUCCAACCAAAUCAACAAAAGAUGUAUUAGAUCCAAAUCAUACACAGUUUAUCUUCACCAAAGAUUUUAAAAGAAAACAAACUGGAAGUACUGCUACAUCUGAAUGCAGAGCAGCUUUCGAACAUUUCUUAUCGAAUAUCAGCAUCAAAGAUACAGGUACUAUGUCGAACACAAACAAUGUCGAAAUUAACACCAGAUAUGAUGAAAACGAAAUACAAGAAAUAUUGCCUGUCAUUUUAGUUCUUAUUGAAGGAGGAAUGGAUGCGUUGAAAACAGCUGUGUGUGUACUUGAAAGUGAAAAUCCGGUUGUAGUGAUUGAUGGGUCAGGUGGAGCUGCAGAUUUCCUCGCAACUUCCUAUGAACGUGAUAUUAGCAACGAUGAGACAGCAAAACCAGAUGAAACACUCAGCAAAUUAAUCAAGAAAUGCUUUGAAGACGAUUCCAUUCUCUUACUGGAGGAAGUAAAAAAGCUGCCAUUGCAUCUUUUUGCGAAACAUGAACUGAUUUAUAUAUAUUCACUGGAGGACAAAACAGCAAAGGUUGACGAGUAUAUUCAGAAUGCUAUUUUCGACGUGUAUAAAGAGUUCUAUGCAAAGAAACUUGAAAAUUUAAAAAAUGAUUCAGCAAAGAGAAAACAUUCUGAAAUUGUGAUCAAGAAACAACUGAAACUUAUAAAAAAAUGGAAAAGAUGCGACAUUGCUUGGAAAGAUAUUUUUAUUGCUGAAAACCGAAACGGACUUUCAGAUUUACAGACGACAGUAAGUACACCAGUGAUGAACAAAUUAAAAGAAAAGAUGGACACAUAUCUCAAAAUGCAGGUCAGGGGAAAGCUGAAAUGGAAGUUAGAAAACUUGGAUAUUUUGUACAAGGGAUCUAGAGUCAAUACAGAUACAUUCAACAAGUUAAAUGAAUUUAAAUUAAAAUUAAAAGAGGAUUUAGAGAAAUUUGAUAGUUUGGUCGAGAAUAUCGACAAGUGCAUAUCACAGUUUGAAAUCGCAGAACCAAGUGUCGUCAAGUCAUUUACUACAUCUGUACGAGGAAUAAAAGAAUGGUUGGAGAUAACCCUUACAGAACAUGAUGAUCAAAAAUCGAUGAACAAUGUCAGAAUAAACUCCAAAUUUACAGAGGAUUUAGAACAUUUUGAAACUUUGGUCGACAAUAUGGAGAAGUGCAUAUCAGAGUUUGAUGACGUAAAACCAAGCGAUGUCAAGUCCUUUUCUAAAUCCGUAAAAACAAUAAAAGAGUGUAUAGAGAAAAAACCGACAGAAACUGAUCAUCAAAAAGUUUAUGAAGAAGAAGUCAAAGCAAUGAAGGAGAGGAUAAAUGAUUUCUUACAUCCACCAGUAAACAUACAAGUUAUGAAAAAAUUUAAAGAAAGAAUGGAACAAUUUCUCAAAAACCCAGUCAUAAGGACGUUCACUGACACACAUCCUGACGCAAAAUCACACUUGUUGAAGAAAAUUGGAGAGUGGAAAUCAGAGGAAGUAAAGCCAAGUUACGUCAAGUCAUUAACUAAAACCCUACACGAAUUUAAAAGGUGUUUGCAAUUCAAAGGUGAUCAUGAAGAAGAUGUCGUUACAGAGUUUUGGAAGGUGAUAGAUAAUUUCUUACAUUUUCAGAUGUCAGACACAACACAAAACAUGAUCGAUUUGCACAAAGCAAUGGAGCAUUUUAGAAAGAAAUUCAGAUAUACAAUGAAUUUAGCAAAAUUUGAUGAGUUGUUCGAGAAUAUUGACGAGUGCAUAUCAAAGUUAAAAGUUGGUAAGCCAAAAUAUGUAAAGUCGUUAUCUGAAUCGUUACAAGAGAUGAAACAAUUUAUGAAGAGAAACCUUCUAGAAAAUGAGUAUAAGUCGAUCAAAAUGGCGUUUAAGAAGAUAGUGAAUAAUAUUUUAGAUGAAAGCAGUAAAGAUGAAGUUUCAGAUCUCUUAGAGACGUCACUAGUAGAAAACAGAACAGAUUUGGUCACGUUAAUAAUAGACCGAAUGGAGGACAUGAAUGCAUUUGUUCUCUUGUAUAUUCCACGUAUAUACCAGAAGUGCCUUGCAAAAGCAGAAAAGGAAGAUGUAGCAAUCAGCCUCAUUGACCAGCAAAGGAAACAUCACGGUGAAAAAGAGGACAAGGUCGUAAAAGUAACAAACAAAAUACUGGUUAACGUUCACAAUUUCAUCAGCGACCUGCUUGGAGACACACAUUUUGAAUUAUACAAACUCAUUCCUAAAACUGAUGGUACAUCUAAACCUGAAGAAAUAGAACUUACAUAUGCUGAUUAUCCGUUUCAUCAUUUGUUUGUAUGGGCCAUCAUGGUGAAUUGGAAAGAAAUGGCUAUGAUAUUCUGGAAACAUGACACUGAUAAUACAUGUUCAGCUUUAUUUGCGAGUGCAUUACUAAAUAAAUUAGCUGAAAGGGCACACUUUUCUAGUCAUAUGGAUCUCAGUACAUCAUUGCGUGAAAAUGCUAGUUAUUUUGAAACACUAGCUUGUAGAGUGAUCACAGAAAUGUAUAAUCGCGAUCGAGACAAAGCUCUCAAGAUACUGGUCACCAAGGUCGGUCGAUACAAUUCUACACCUUUGGCGAUUGCUUAUUCGCAAAAAUUAAUGACGUUUAUGGCAAUUACCGCUUGUCAAGCUAAGCUCAACACUAUAUGGAGGGGAGAUAUUGCGUUAUAUACACCAUCAUGGAGGAUUGGUUUGGCUAUGUUUUUUCCAAUGCUGAUCAUUCAAAACAUUGGAUUUAUUACCAUUCAAAACGGUCAAAAGACAAACACCAUUUCGAAGCAAAUACAUCCUGAAAUUAGAUAUGUAAGAAAGACAAGUAGGUCUUAUCUAAAGAAAAGAAAUGAAACAGAGAAAAGUAAUUUUGAUACCAUGAAGAAAGAAAAUAGACAGGUAGAAAAACCAGAUCGCAACACGACGAACUUUUGUAGUCUGAUGUUUUACUAUAUAUACCUGUUUUACAGAACGCCAAUAGUCAAAUUCUUUUUUUAUAUGAUUACUUACUUAGCAUUCGUAGCGAUCUUUGCUUGUUUUGUUUUGACGGAUAUGUACCCAUUGUCAGAAAGUUCGCCAUCUAUACUUGAAUAUUUGACAUGGAUCUGGGCGUUGUCAUUAGCAAUAGAAGAAAUAAGACAGAUGUUACAGACAGACACGGGAUCACUUGGAAAGAACAUAAGGCUGUGGGCUAAAGAUGUUUGGAAUAUAUUCGACGUUGUUAUGUAUCUCCUAUUCCUCAUGUCUGUACUUCUAAGAUGUUUACUGAAUUCUGAACAAUUCUACUUUGCCAGAUUGACUUAUGCAAUCACUUUAUCGAUGUUUAUCUUGCGCAGCAUGCAUUUUUUCUUCGUUACAAGGUAUAUCGGGCCCAAGGUUAUAAUGAUAGGAAGAAUGCUUGAAGACCUUGCUUUUUUCAUUGCGCUGUUCGUGUUGUUCGUAUUUAGUUUUGGAAUCAUGUACCAAGCUGUAUUGUUCCCUAAUUCGGUGUUGUCCCCUUGGGAACUGUUUAAAGACAUUGUAUAUUUACCAUACUGGCAGUUGUACGGCGAGCUUAAUUUAGAUCGCAUUGAAGGAGCAGAACCAUCGGAAUGUACAAAUGACCCUCAUUUAUAUUCUAACGGAUCAAUGGAUCGAUGUGCACAAACUAAUCAAUUUAAUUCCCCUCUGCUGGCAGUGUAUUUGAUUCUGACAAAUAUUUUGUUAGUCAAUAUUCUUAUAGCGAUGUUUUCGCAUACAUUCCAAAAAGUACAAGAUAAUUCUGAAAUUAUUUGGAAGUUCCACAUGUAUGCAUUGGUAUAUGAAUACUAUGACAGGCCAAUGUUUCCUAUUCCAAUAGUAAUACAUUUAUGUCGAAUCGUUGUAUUCUGUUAUGACAAAAUACAAGAUUACAGAUUACGAAAUUGCAAAGAAAGGAAAACUAUGUAUGCAAGCGCCUUUAUAUUAAAAUAUGACAAAGAAGAAAUUGAAAAACUACGUAUUGUUGAAAACCUUGCAGUACAAACUUUUCUAAAUGGACCUUACCGUGCAAAAAGUAGAUAUAUUGCUAGGAACAUGAUGACCGAUGAAAGAGAUAUGAAUAAAGAAACCGAUGCAACCCCUGCCCAGCACGACAUAGAGGUUUUACAAGAGGAAAUGCAUCGAAUGAGAGAAUCUAUGAUUAAUGAGAUGCAAAAUUUGCGUUUACGGCAACCAAUUUUAAUAGUAGAGGUUCCAAAGCAAUAACAAUCCUUUGAAUAUGAUUGAAUACAAUUUGAAUAAUACAAAUCUGAAGCAGUUUUAACUUAUAUUAGCAUUGUAAAAUGUCGCUACUUUGAAUCAAGAUUAUACUUUAGGCUAUAAAAACCUCAAUGAGACACACUCUAAAAUAGACUGGUAGUUCAAUUAUUUAGUGUAUGUGUGUGUUUUACUUGGGUGUGCAUUUUUUUUUUUUGGUUAUGUGUGUGUUUUAAUAACUGCAAAAAUGUCUUAUAAGACUUAAAUGAAACUAGACACACGUUUUUGUUGCCUUACUAUUGACUGAUUAGAUUGGUUAAAAUUUUAGAAUCGAUAAUAUUAAGGCUUUAUUUCGAUGUAAUAUCUUCCAGUAUAUCUACAGUGUAGAUUGAAGUUCAAUGAUUUUCAUAUUUGAACAUUAAAUACAAACAAUUUGCUAUCGAAGGAGCCUUCUAAAUGCAUCUUUCAUUUGAUGCGACGGUCAUACAAGUGAAAUGUUUAGCUGGCUAUAAAACCAGGUUUAAUCCACCAUUUUCUACAUAAGAAAAUGCCUGUACCAAGUCAGAAAUAUGACAAUCGUUUGCUGUGUUUUAGCUUUUGAUUUUGCCAUUUGAUUAGGGACUUUCCGUUUUGAAUUUUCCUCGGAGCUCAGUUUUUUUUGUGAUUUUACUUUUUGCAUAAUUAUUUCAAAAUAAGGAAAUACAUUUUUGUCUUCUGUAUUGCAUAUUGAAUUACCAACAGAUGAACGCCUAAGCUCUUAAUAAAGCUAACAAAGACAUGCCUGUUAUUUUUUGUGUAUCCUUGCAUAUAUUUCAUCUUAGUUUUGAAGCAUCGGUAUAUGAAAAAAAAACAUGCAUACAUUGUUUUUAACUAAAAUGGAAAAAGAAACCGCAAGAUUAAUUAAGAACUCAAAAAAUCAAAUUAUUCAUUUAAUAGCAAUAUAUAUUUCAUACUGUAAUAAAAUACAAGUAUUAUGUAUAUUUUUCUAUAUAUUAAAGUAUUUAAAAAUUUA